GAGAAGCUGGCGCCGAAUAUGUCGUCGAAUCCACUGGUGUUUUCACCACUCUCGAAAAGGCCAAGUGCCAUAUUGAAGGUGGAGCCAAGAGAGUUGUUAUCUCUGCUCCUUCUGCCGAUGCUCCCAUGUUUGUUAUGGGUGUCAACGAGGGCAAAUAUGACCCAAGCAAAGAUACCAUUGUUUCAAACGCCAGUUGCACAACCAACUGUUUGGCUCCUCUUGCUAAAGUUGUCAACGAUAAAUUCGGCAUUGUUGAAGGUUUGAUGACAACCGUACAUGCUUACACGGCCACCCAGAAGGUCGUAGAUGGACCCAGCAACAAGGACUGGAGAGGUGGAAGAACUGCAGCCCAAAACAUCAUCCCAUCCUCAACCGGAGCCGCUAAGGCCGUAGGAAAGGUCAUCCCUGACUUGAAUGGAAAAUUAACUGGCAUGGCCUUCCGUGUUCCAGUUCAAGAUGUUUCAGUUGUUGAUCUGACUUGCAGGUUACAAAAGCCAGCUUCCUACGAAGCCGUUAAAGCUGCAAUCAAGGCUGCCUCUGAAGGUGAAAUGAAAGGCGUUCUUGAAUAUACCGAAGAUGCUGUUGUUAGCUCCGACUUUAUCGGCUGCAAUGCUUCCUCUAUCUUUGAUGCAAAGGCUGGAAUUGCUCUAAACGACAACUUUGUAAAAUUGGUCAGCUGGUAUGAUAAUGAGUUUGGAUACAGCAACAGAGUAAUCGACCUUCUUAAGUACAUGAAGAGCAAGGAGUAAAGAAUGAACAUGUAUUUAGUAUCGUGUGUUUAAUGCAUGCUUAUUUUCCCUUACGUAGGGUAAUUUGGUGUUUAGAAACAGCCGGUAUUCUACUCCUUUUCGUUGCUAAUAAAUGUGCACAAAAAUUAAAUUAUGUCUUAUUUUACAAUAUUUCGGAAAAUAAAUCAGCACGCAUGCAAUUUUUUUCGGUGAUCAUAAGUGCACCACAACUGCAAUAUCAAAGGAGUCGAUAAAGGUCGCCCUGACCUAUCAUUCGAUAUUGUCAGAUGGCGUUUGGUGUCUAUAAUAAGCGCCAUCUAACAUUGGCACGCAAGACAUGUGAAAAUGGCCGUCAAUACCACGUGAUUGUAACUUAUGUGCUGAUUGGUCAACUGGAGCGUUUAUGCGGAACACACUAUGGCGGAAGUUGUUCAGGGUCCUAGUAGCAGCGUUAAUUAAAGCAAUAAAAUACUGUGAUUAACGCCUUUUUCAGGCGCGUGCAUUCUUAAUUGGAUUUCAGAAUGAAAUCACAAAUAUGAGCGACGAUAAUCAACCACCGAAGAAGAUGCUUGGAUCUUUCAAGUGUCGCCAGUGCAAAUACACAACAAACAACGAAAAGCUGCUUCGAAAACACCUUGCUAAGCAUGGAAUUCAUGCUUGCUUGAGUUGUGAGUUUGAGUGUGAUGACGCUGAUGAUCUCGGAAUUCAUGUAAGCGUCCAGCAUCCGGUUCUCAAUGGAUCUGAUCAAUAUAGAUGCACUGAUUGUCGUUUCUCAGCAAAGCGAGAUGAUCAAUUAAAGAGGCACAUGCAAAAGCAUGGGAUGUUCUAUUGCUUUUCCUGUGACUAUUUGGGAGGAAAUCUAGCUGAUUUGAACAAGCAUGCUAAAGAAGAACACUCCGUUAAGGAUGAUGAUUCGGAAGGAGAUCAAACACUUUACUGCGCUGACUGCAAAUACUCCAGUAAACGAUUAAAACUGUUAAAGAGGCAUAGACAUGCUAUGCAUCGAGUUUACUGUUGUCCCCAAUGUAACUUUGAGUGUGCGUCAAAAGAUGAUAUGGAAACACACAAGUUAUGUCAUAGAAAAGGGAAUAGAAAAGUUGAUAACAGAUCUGAGAGCCAUCAGUGCAGUCAGUGUUCGUAUCACUCAAAGAAAAUUCAAUUAAUUAGGCGUCAUAUGCUAAAGCAUGGAAUCUAUCAAUGCGAAGAAUGUGGACACCAAGCAGACGAUGAUCAUGAAUUAAACAUGCAUAUAGAUGCGAUACAUAAAUCGAAACCAAUAAAAAGUACUGUUGAUUUAAGUGAUGACGAUGCUGCUCCAACUUCUGGACCGAUUGUUUGUCAAAGGUGUAGCAUGGAAUGUACUAGUGAAAUGGAGUAUAGACGUCAUCAAUCUGAGCAUGGUGUCUUCUGCUGCACUCAUUGCGAAUUUAUUGUUAUAGAUAGAAAGGACUACGAAGAGCAUAUUAAAAAUGAACACCCAGAUUCUGGAGAAGAAUUUAAGUGCUCUCAUUGUUCUUACAAGACAAAUCAAGAGCAAUUAUUUAGACGUCAUGUUCAUAGCAAGCAUGCGGAUCAACCUUCUGAAAAUACUGGUAAAUUUCAAUGUAGGAAAUGCUCUUAUUCCAGUAAGAAGAAAAAAUACGUUUGGCGACAUGAGUUGACCCAUCAGCUGUAUUCUUGUUACGUUUGUGAUGGGGAAGAUUUCGAUAGCGAAGCACAAUUUACAACUCAUAUGGCUACUGAACAUCCAGAAGUUAAUUACUCCAUUGAUGAGCCAACCUUUGCCUGUACCAUCGACGGUUGCCGAUAUACAUCGAAAAGAAAAAAAUUGCUGCAGAGACACCAAUUGUCGAAGCACGACCACUUAAAAUGCUCGGAAUGUUCCAAGAAAUUCGACUCUAUACCUGAAAUGGAAGAGCAUCGGUGUGGUAAACAGGAGUCAGAAGACGAAGAUGAAUGCCUCGAAUGUGGAGAUUGUGACUUUGUAACUCAUGAUGAAGUCGCCCUGAAAAAGCAUCAACAUGAACAUGGGCUAUUUCAUUGUCUGCAAUGUGACUAUUUGGCAGUUCAUGAAGAUGAAUUAGAUGAUCAUAUAAAAUCCGAACAUCAGCAUCAAAAAUCUCCAAAGACGAAAAAAGUUCGGAAAAGGGUUUAUAAAGAUGAGCAUAAGCCCUUCCCAUGCCAUCUUUGUCCCUAUUCGUCCAAAAAGAAAAAAUACCAAAAACGUCAUCUUCGUGAAAAGCAUGACAUUAACUGCUGCAUAGUUUGCGACUUUGAAGGAUCAACCAGGGAGCAGCUCGAUAAACAUAUGAUAGAACAGCAUCCUGCUCGAUACGAGAUAGAAAGGAAAUCUGAUAGUGUACAUUCUUGUUCUCAUUGUCCCUAUGAGACAAAAAGAAUUAAAUGCUUUAAGAAGCAUGUUAAAAAGCAUGGUCCUUAUGCUUGUCUCUACUGCAAAUAUACAGCAAAAAAUGAAACAUCUUUAGUUCAGCAUUCCCUUGAGGCUCAUGGGUCGAAUGGGGGCCGAACUAUGCUAUCCGACGAUAGUGAUUCUUCGGACAGCAGCGACGGUGGCAUCGACGAUACGAAGACACCUGUGGCAGACUCUCAACCUAAACAACUUUCCAAUGAAUCUUCGACGUCGAAAACACAUGAAUGUGCUUUAUGCGAAUACGCAACACCAUACAAAGCACAGUUAGCCCGUCAUGUGGAAAAGGAACACGGUGAAAAACCAGCCAUGAUAGCCUGUCCUCAUUGCGAUAAGACUUUCCAGAAAGAAUCAGCUCUUAAACGGCACUCAAAAUGCCACUCAACAGAGACGCCUUUUUCAUGCACUAUUUGUGAAAAAUCGUUUAGAACCAUGUCGGCUUUAAACAAACAUUUUUCAACGCACAAAAAUGACUCAAAUAGGGCUCAAGAAGAAGUAAGACCAAAGGCACCAAAAACCAAGGCAGCUUUGAAACACUUUGAUGCUUCAGUCUAUGAAUUUGAUAGUGGCGGUGAGGAAAAGAAUAAGGUUCAAAUACCCAACAUUCCUCUAAGUGAUUCAGACGGUGAAGAUGAAACGUUUUCUCCCAAUCGAUUCACGAAGAGUUCACCAAAAAGAAAAAAGAAAGAGGAGACAUCUAAAUCUAAAGGACGGUCAGGUAGAGGGAGAAAUAACUCAAAGAAAGUAUACUACGACGAGGAUGAAGAGGAUGAAUUCACGGAAGUCUUGCCUCAAAAGAAAAGGAAAAUGAUACCCUCACCAAUAAUACCUCCAGCAAUGGAGGAAAUGGAAGAAAACCAAGAAGAAAAUGAUGUAGUAGAAAUGGAACCAGAAAAUAGAGAUGACAGUAGCAAGUCGUCAUCUGAUGAAAGUGAUUCGGAUUCGUCUGCAGAUGAACAACAAGAAACUAUGACUGAAACUGAUCGAACGAGGGCAGAAGAAGCUCAAAUUGUGCAAGACGACGCAUCUUCCUAUGCUCACUCGCUUGCAGACCUUGAGCCUCCACCUGCUCCAAGACCAAGAACACCCGAGCAAUCUGAUGAAGAAUUGGACGAAGGUGUUCGAAAUGGUAGAGAAGCACAUACUAGCCUUGAUUCGGGUAUGGCAGAUAUGCAACCAGCAAGCACUGCACCCUUAGAGCAAAUGCAACAGCAAAUUGACAACAUACCCGGCUCUGUUCCCCCGGCUAGCCAUGAUAGCGCCAUCUCUCACGCCUCCAGCGAACAUAGGAGGGAUUCAUAUAAAGAACCAAUGAGUCAUGAAUAUGCUGGAACCGAUGCUCACACACCAAGAGACGUCUCGGUAAUAAUGCAUUCUGAUGAGGGGAAAAAUCCACCACCACUAGCACAUAGGUCACCGGCAAGUGCGGGACCCCCGUCUGUUCAAGGUCCGCCUUCGGUUCAGCGUCCACCGUCCGUUCAGGGUCCCCCCUCUGUGCCACCUCCACCCACGCAGGUUCAACAAGGUCCACCUUCGAAUCCUCCUCAAUCCGCCCCGGACGCAACCCGCUCCGUAAGCGGUCUCACGCCGUCCGAACGCGAUUUUCUUGGCCAAUACCUACAGCCGACGAAUGUCGAUCAACUUCCUUAUCAUCAACCAUCUUUAUCGAAACCUCCACAAUUAGACCUGUUGACACCUAGGGGUAGCGGACCCUCUUCCUGCUCUCUACCAACAAGCUUACCCCCGUCCUUGCAGACCGGCUACACGUCGGAUCCACUGUUUAGCCAACCUACUCCAGGGCAUUGGGAUCCGUCGUUAUACGCAAGAAGCGGCUAUGGUGGUUAUUUAGGAGCGGGCACCACAGCUCCUACAGCGCAUGAUUUCCUGAGACCUCCACAUGCCGCUCCUGUUCAGCAUCAUUUGACGCCUGGAUUGGAUAAAUACUACUAUCACACCCCUCCCUACAGUAAUUCGGCCGCCGCCGCUGCCAUGGUACAACAGCAAGCGGAUUACGCUAGGGCUCUAUACACCCACCAAACAGCCGCUUAUGGCCUCAACAAGUUUGCUCCUCCAGGUCGGGACUAUUUGGGUACCGGGAGUAGACAAGUUCCCGGGCCCGGUGAUGACACUUAUAGGCAUAAUAUGUCCAUGUAUGGUAAUAUGAUGCUGAAUAGGUAUUUUCAGUGAACGAUUUUUAAUCUUGCAAAAAACAUAUGAAGAGAAGAAUAACGAAAUUUUUUCAUGAUGCAUCGGGAUUUUAUUUUUAAUUAAUUCUUUUUCUUUUAUCUCUUUGUACAUAUCGAUUUAUUUUCUAUAUUAACAUUAUUUUUCUGCUAAACAAUUAAUGCGGUUAUCGUGUUUUUGUAGAAGCGUUUGUUAAUGCAGUGCGAUAUCUUGUUGCUGACUUGUAAAUAAUGUUUUUUUCCAGAUGCUGUUUGUUUUUUUAUUGCAAUAAUGGCCUAAUCUUGUUUGCAUACAUACAUAUAUACAUAUAUUGGUAUAUACAUAUAUAUAUAUAUAUCUGUGUAUACAAGCAAUUAGUGGCUAAUAUAUACCCACAUUUGUCAAUAUACAUAUUUAUAUACUUUUAUAUGGA